UGCUUCAAGCAAGGCAAAAUGAGAAAGACAAGAAGCUUCAGGCAUAAGACAGUUAAAGACAAUAAAACACUUACAGAAGUGAGUGAGCAAGAAUCUGAAAAAGAUGGUAGUCAGUGCUUGGAUCCUGCAACAAACAUGGGAAUUCAGGCUGAAAAGAAACAGUAUGUAUGUACUGAGUGUGGGAAAGCCUUUAGUCAGAGUGCAAAUCUUACAGUACAUGAAAGAAUCCACACAGGAGAGAAACCCUAUAAGUGUAAGGAGUGUGGAAAAGCCUUCAGUCAUAGCUCCAACCUUGUUGUUCAUCGAAGAAUCCACACUGGACUGAAGCCCUACACAUGCAGUGAAUGUGGGAAAUCUUUCAGUGGUAAGUCACACCUCAUUCGGCACCAGGGAAUCCAUAGUGGGGAGAAAACUUAUGAAUGUAAGGAGUGUGGGAAAGCCUUUAGUCGGAGUUCAGGUCUUAUUUCACAUCAUAGAGUUCACACUGGGGAAAAACCCUACACUUGUAUUGAGUGUGGGAAAGCCUUUAGCCGUAGUUCAAACCUUACUCAACAUCAAAGAAUGCACAAAGGAAAAAAAGUUUACAAAUGUAAGGAGUGUGGGAAAACAUGUGUUUCUAAUACAAAGAUUAUGGACCAUCAGAGAAUUCACACAGGGGAGAAGCCUUACGAGUGUGAUGAGUGUGGAAAAGCUUUCAUUUUAAGGAAGACCCUUAGUGAACAUCAGAGACUUCACCGUAGAGAGAAACCUUACAAAUGUAAUGAAUGUGGGAAAGCUUUUACUUCUAACCGAAACCUUGUUGAUCAUCAGAGAGUUCACACUGGAGAGAAACCCUAUAAAUGUAACGAAUGUGGAAAAACCUUCAGGCAGACUUCUCAAGUUAUUCUACAUUUGAGAACCCACACUAAGGAGAAACCCUAUAAAUGUAGUGAGUGUGGGAAAGCCUAUCGUUAUAGCUCACAACUUCUUCAACACCAGAGAAAACAUAAUGAGGAGAAAGAAACAUCAUAAAUAACAUAUAUUGUUGUUUGUAGGCCUAAUUGCUACCUUU